AUGACGGGAAUAGUAACAGUCUACUUGAUUUCCAUGAUGAGUUAUGAGUCACUCAUUCGUGCCGCGCCUCCUUGGGUUUGGAUGUCGGCAGGGACUCAUUCAAGAGCCAUGACGGUGCACGCUUCGGCUUCUACGAUUCGAGCUUCUUCGGCGUUGACGACGUCCAUAAUCACCCCGCCUCGGAGCAUUUACGCAAGCCCAACAGAGAUAUUGAAUGGAAAUGGGACGGUUUACAAAGGGGAGUUGCACGAUAGGACGAAGAUUGUCAUGAAAAGGAUGGGACCUGGUGCCGUGAGUGCGAAAGGUUUGGCCAUAUUUAAGUUAGAGAUUACGGUUUUUACUAAGGUUCGUCACCACCAUUUGGUUGCAAAUAUUGGAUAUUGUUUGGAUGGAAACAAGAGGCUUAUUGUUUAUGAAUACAUGCCUCAAGGGACCCUUAGCAGGCACCUAUUCAAUUGGAAGGACGAAGGGUUAAAACCACUCGACUGGACCUGGCGACUUACAAUUACCUUAGACGUGGCUUGA